UGUUCGAACCUUGUUUCUUCCUCCUCCAUCUCUUAUGGUAAACGGAAAGCGAAUGUCUGUUUAUUUGAGUUGUAAAUUAGGUUCUGUCGUUUCUCUUGUUCUUCGUCGACGUCCUGACACGACCUGGCAGAGGAAAAACGACUGAUUAAGACCGAGAUUACGGGAUAACAUUGGAUUAAUGGAUUUAUCAUUUUUGAAAGAUUAAAUAAAGCUGUGACACAGAACAAAGAGAUCCCUGUUUAUAGAAAGAAGGUAAAUUUUGUGUGAAAUAUUUCUUGCGACUGCAGCAAUAUUUCUUCUUCAAUGAGGAUUUUGCAUUCCUAUUAACCUUGGAUUACAAAAGAGCUGGCAGCUUCUGCAGAUAUUGACCAAGAUAAGAAAUUUUAUAGGAAUGAAGUGUGUAAACAUCUGCAUAUUGUGGUGAGAAAAUAUAAAUUAUGGAAAGUGAAUUGCGUGAGGACAAUGUGAAAUGUAAAAUGCUGACGGAAAGUCUUGACUUUAUUGAGGAGGUGCCAAAAGAUAGAGGAAAAACAUCUCACAACUGUGAUAUCUGUAAAAAGUCAUUUACUCGGAAAGAAAGCCUCACGGUUCACAAACGUAGUCAUACAGGAGAGAAACCAUAUCGCUGUGAUAUCUGUGGAAAAUCAUUAUCUCAAAAUAAACACUUAACUGCCCACAAGCGUAUUCAUACAGGGGAGAGGCCCUACCACUGUGAUAUCUGUGGUAAAUCAUUCACUCAGAAUUACCACUUAACUACUCACAAACGCAUUCAUACAGGAGGGAGACCAUAUCACUGUGAUGUCUGUGGUAAAUCAUUCUCUCAAAAUCAUGGCUUGACUACACAUAUACGCAUUCAUACAGGAGAGAGACCAUAUCAGUGUGUUUUCUGUGGCCAGUCAUUCUGUGAUGGAGGGACCUUAACUAAGCACAAACGUAUCCAUACAGGUGAGAAACCUUAUCAGUGUGAUACCUGUAGUAAAUCCUUCUCCCAGUCCGAUCACUUAACUAAGCACAAACGUAUUCAUACAGGUGAGAAGCCAUUUCACUGUGAUACCUGUGGCAAAUCAUUCUCUCGGCCUAAUUACUUAAGUAAACACAAACACGUUCAUACAGGUGAAAAACCAUAUGACUGUGACAUCUGUGGUAAAUCCUUCUCUCAGAAUUUUGUCUUAACUAAUCACAGACGCAUUCAUACAGGAGAGAAACCAUAUCAGUGCGUUAUCUGUGGUCAGUCGUUCUCUGAAGGGAGUACAUUGACCAGACACAAACGUGUUCAUACUGGAGAGAAGCCUUUUCAUUGUGACGUCUGUGGUCAGUCAUAUGCUGAGGGACGUUCCCUAACUAAGCACAAACGUAUUCACACAGGGGAGAAACCUUAUCAGUGUGAUAUCUGUGGUGAAUCAUUCUCUCAAAACAGUCACUUAAAUCGACACAAACGUUUUCAUACAGGAGAGAAACCGUAUCACUGUGUUACCUGUGGCAAAUCAUUCUCUCAAAACAGUGAAUUAACUACACACACAUAUAUUCAUACAGGAGAAAAGCCAUUUCACUGUAUUACCUGUGGUAAAUCAUUCUCUGACAACUCGACCUUGACUAGUCACAAACGUACUCAUACAGGCGAGAGACAGUUUCACUGUGAUAUCUGUGGUAAAUCAUUUUUCCGAAGAAGGAACUUAACUACACAUGCAGCUAUCCAUGGGAAAAUAUGAUUGUAUCAUUGUCAAAAUCCAUUGGAAGACCCAAUAUAUAAAUCUGUUUCCCCUGUCAAAUCAUGGCUUAACCUUUGUGCUCUUAACAAUAAUCAUUUAACCCCUGACAGUAACCAUACACAUCGUGGUUACCCUUUUGAGAUAUUAUUUUACAGCCAGAUGCCCUUCCUUAUGCCAACCACUUCAGCCACGUUAGUAGAUUCUUACAUGGCAUUCACAUAGUUUA